CCCCCCUUCGCCUGGCCCUUCCUCACCUCGCCUCACGCCGCUCCCUCGGGGCGCCAAGCAAGGCUGAGGGCCGGCAGGGGGAGCGGCGCCGCCGCUUGGCGGAGCUCGGCCCGGCCUCCGUGCCCGGCUGCGGGACAGGGCGGGGGCCGCCGCCCCUCAGCGGGAAGGCGGCCGUGGCAGCCGGCCCGGCGGGCGUGUGGGGCGGCCCCGGUCAGCGCAGGCUUCAGCCAGAGCCGCUCCGUCCCUCCCGCUCGGAGGAAGCAGCGUCUCUCCCCUCAGAGCUCUGUGAAGAGUUAAGGCUUUUUCUGAGGGAAAGGAGACCUUAGGUGACGCGGAGAAGGCGACUCCUGGGUGACAUGUGGUGGCCCGUCUGGCUGGCCGCCUACCUGGCCUGGGCCUGUGGGGCCGGGCGGCCGCCCCCGCUGUGCGCCGCCGGCGGGUUCUGCCCGGCUCCGCUCGGCCCCAACGCCUCCCUGCCCGAGCCGGGCCAAUGCCGGCCGUGGCGGGGGGGGACCGACCUGUGCGCCUGGUCCCUCGGCUCCCACAGCCUCCGAGAUCCUUUUCCAGUUGAUGUGAUCCAGGAAAAUUAUGUCCGUAAUGUGAGAAACUGUAUUUUUUCAAUUGUCUAUCCUACACCUUUUAAAUCCAGAGUUCGUCUUGUAGCUGUUUCAAAGGAAGUUCUUGAAAAUAUUUUGGAUCUUGAUAUAUCUGUCACAGGAACAUCUGAUUUUCUUCAGUUCGUCAGUGGUGGGAGAGUGAUAGUUGGGUCUGUUCCAUUGGCCCAUAGAUAUGGGGGCCAUCAGUUUGGUGUCUGGGCAGGUCAGCUGGGUGAUGGAAGAGCCCACUUGAUUGGAGUGUAUACAAACAGGCAUGGUGAGAGGUGGGAGCUACAGUUAAAAGGGUCAGGAAAGACCCCAUACUCCAGGAAUGGCGAUGGAAGAGCUGUGCUUCGCUCUUCUGUGCGAGAAUUUUUGUGUAGUGAGGCCAUGUACUAUCUUGGAAUUCCUACAAGCAGAGCUGCUAGCUUAGUUGUAAGUGAUGAUGAUGUGUGGAGAGACCAGUUUUACAAUGGAAAUAUUCAGAAAGAAAGAG